CAGGAGAGAGAGAGAGACCAGAAUGAGGCUCAAAGAUUACAUCUUGGGCGGCUAGAGAGUGCUCUUCUAGUAUUCGGGGUUUAGGUAAAAAUAUCGAUAACGUUGAUUUUAAGUCCUUUUAAACAGAGAAAGAGAUCACAACAAGAAGUCAGCAGCAGCAGCAGCAAAACACUCCUCCCUCUUGUGUGGUGUAAAAAAAAGAGCGGUUUUUGUGUGAGUGAGAAGACUAUAAAGCAGCAGGAGCGGUUUUGUUACUGAAACAGGAGGGGCAGAGAGAGAGAGAGAGAGAGAGAGAGGGCCUGAGCCACUUUUCACUCCCUGUAUACUCUUUAAUUAUGAAAGUAAAAUGACUCCUUACAUAACCGUCCUGUCUGCUCAGCGUUUUAUAUGGUUUCUGGCUCAUUUAAUGGGGUAGUCCUGUACUGCCUGAAAGACCUUCUCUUUCCUUCCCUCCUCCAGCUUCCAUCUCUUUAGCGGAUUCUCUUUCUAUACUCCGUUUUCUCUCUACAUCUCUGAUACCACCUUGCUUGACCGGUUCUUUUGAUGGCUCAUGCUGAAAGAGGAUGUGAUGAUCUAUAUACAGAGCUAUGGAAGGCAUGUGCAGGGCCAUUGGUGGAUGUCCCAAAGGAUGGAGAGAGAGUUUUUUACUUUCCUCAAGGUCACAUGGAACAAUUGGAAGCAUCAACAAAUCAAGAACUGAAUCAGCAAAUCCCACGGUUUAAUCUUCCACCUAAGAUCCUCUGUCGUGUUGUAAACAUUCAACUGCUGGCUGAACAAGACACGGAUGAAGUUUAUGCUCAGAUUACUCUGCACCCAGAAGCAGAUCAAACCGAACCUACAAGUCCUGACCCUUGUCCACCUGAGCCGGCAAAGCGAACAAUUCAUUCCUUUUGCAAAAUUUUAACAGCUUCUGAUACUAGCACCCAUGGAGGCUUCUCUGUUCUCAGAAAGCAUGCCACUGAAUGCUUGCCUCCUUUGGACAUGAGCCAAGCAACACCAACUCAGGAACUGGCUGCCAGAGAUCUCCAUGGCUUUGAAUGGCGGUUCAAGCAUAUAUUUAGAGGUCAACCGCGAAGGCAUUUACUUACUACAGGAUGGAGCACAUUUGUCACUUCCAAAAGACUGGUUGCAGGAGAUGCUUUUGUGUUUCUUAGAGGUGAUAAUGGGGAAUUGCGAGUUGGAGUUCGACGUCUUGCUCGGCAGCAAAGCUCCAUUCCAUCAUCAGUGAUAUCCAGCCAAAGCAUGCACUUAGGAGUGCUUGCUACUGCCUCUCAUGCUGUUUUGACACAGACCCUCUUUGUUGUGUACUACAAGCCAAGGACAAACCAGUAUAUCAUCGGGCUGAACAAAUAUCUGGAGGCUGUUAAGAAUGGAUUUUCUGUAGGUAUGCGCUUCAAGAUGAGAUUUGAGGGAGAGGAUUCUCCUGAGAGAAGGUUCACAGGAACAAUAGUUGGAGUUGGAGAUAUUUCUCCAGAGUGGUCUGGCUCUAUAUGGCGGUCAUUGAAGAUUCAAUGGGAUGAACCAGCAACUAUUCAAAGGCCAGAGAGAGUUUCUCCAUGGGACAUAGAGCCUUUUGCAGCCCCUGCUUCCCCAAAUCUAACUCAACAGGUGAUGAAGACCAAGAGGCCUCGACCUACAGAUAUUCCUACAUCUGUGAUUACUCCAAAUUCAGCUGCUUCGUCUUUCUGGUAUCAUGGACCAGCCCAGUCCCAUGAGCUAGCCCAACUAGGGAGUAGUAUUGAAGUCCAAAGCUCUGAAAGCCAUGUCUGGUCUAUGAGGCAGAAAGAAAUUGAUAGCAAUCUCCUCAAUAGUAGCAGUAGCUGCAACACAAGGGCUCGACCAGAAGGAAUCUGGCCUUCACCUCACAUGAAUGGCUCUCUCAACUUUUUUCCAGAUUCAGUGGGGGACAAUAAUUUUGCUACAACACAGUCUAUUAUCUCUGGUUUUUCCUCUCCUAUAUCAUCAAGGCAAAGCAAUUGCCUGAUAAAUGAGCAGGUGGAGAAGGGGAGAAAGUAUGAGAACUCUGUAGGUUGCCGGUUGUUUGGAAUUGAUCUGACAAGUAACUCCAGUAGUUCUGCUCCUCCAGAGAAGGAGCCUGGAUAUCCUAUUGUUGAUUCUAAUGGCACCAAAGGACUUGGUCCAGCUGCAAGUGAGGCUGAGAGGGCCCAAACAAUGGACGUAUCAAUGUACUUGAAAGAACAGAACCAAGUUUUAUCAGAGGCGAUGUUAAAGGAGUCACAAAGCAAGCAAGGCUCCACAACCUCCAUGAGAACUCGUACUAAGGUGCAAAUGCAGGGGAUUGCUGUUGGUCGUGCUCUUGAUUUAACUGUGUUGAAAGGAUACACGGAUCUUAUAAAUGAGCUGGAGAAGAUGUUUGAAAUCGAAGGAGAACUCUCCACACCCAAAAAAUGGGCUGUUGUUUUUACAGAUGAUGAGGGCGAUAUGAUGCUUGUGGGUGAUGAUCCAUGGCCGGAGUUCUGUAAGAUGGUGAAGAAGAUAUUCUUGAAGAAGACGGGCACAAGAUGCAAGCUUCCAGCAUCUCCUUUUGAGGGUGAAGAGACUGUUGUAAGCAAGGACUCGGAGCAUACGUCUGAUGCAUGAAAUUCAGAAUUCAUUUUGCUUUAUACAGUUUUGUUUUAUAUAGCUGGGGUAAAAAUGGAGGAAACGUGGUGCUUAAGUUUGCUCAGUUUUUUCGGGAGCUUGCACUUGUUAGGCAGAGGGGUAAGGUGGAGGUCUUUUGAGUCUAGAUCGCUGGUUAGGGAUUUCAAGUUUUUUUUUAUAUAUAAAUUAGGAACUUAAAUUUAAAUCAAGAUUAGAACUGGAAUUUGUGUAUACCUUGAUUGUGGGUUGGCGAUGACUUGAACUAAUCAGCGUGUAAAAAAUAUAUGAAUGCUUGCUUGUGUUGUGGCUGGCUUUCACUAUUUAACA